CAUAACUUGAGACGAAUAUACGCCAUUGAUUGCAUAGAAAAAAGGCUUAAUAAUGGCUCCAAUAAGAGGGAAGAAGAGAUCUAAUGGCACAUCUAUCGAAGUCGCCAAUGUCUUAGGUGCUGGCACUUCCAAGCUGAAGAAGAAGAUACGUGAUAUUGAAAGAUUCAUUACAAAGAAGAGAGAUUCUCUUCCAGCUGAUGUUCUGUUGGAGAAUGAAAGGGCUCUCGAGACGCUCAAAGUGGAGUUGAAGAAUGCCGAGAACGUACAGAGGGUCAAAAAACUGUCUAAGAAGUAUCACAUGAUCAGAUUCUUUGAAAAGAAGAAGGCCUUGAGAAGAUACAAGAAGACUAAGAAGGAAUACGACGAGUUGGUGAGUAGCGAUGCUGAAAAGAAAGAGAUCAAAAAAUCGAGAAAGAAGUUGACACACGCAGAGACAGAUCUCUUGUACGUGGUCAACUUCCCAAGAGAUGUUAAAUACGUUGCUCUGUUUCCUAAUGAAGAUGGUGAUGAAGGGGAGCUUGACGAUAACAAGAAGAGAGGUGCUCAGCAGACGAGCGAAAUCAGAAACGCAUUGAAGAAGGAGAUUGAGCAAAUGAAUAAGACGAAUACACUACCAAUUUCAUUAGAAGAGGUGGUGGAGGGCUCUGUUGUUGAUAAAACUCCAUUGGCCUCAAACUUCGAAACUACAAGAGUACAGGAACUGACAAAGGAAGAACAAGAGGAAGAGGAGGAUGAACUUUUUGAGUAAGAUACCUAAAUAAACAGGUGUAUGUCUAUAUUACUGUGAUUAGCUUUAG